AUGAGGCUUAGGAUCCCUAAUCUGGUCUCACAACCCAAUGAGGUGCCAAUCGUGGCAGAGGCUGCUACCGGUAGCGAUGUCGAGGUCUCCGGUGCUCAAGAAAUGAACGAGAAGAACGGUCCUCAGACCCAGGUCCACAGCAAGUUCGACGACGAAGCAGUCUCUCCUGAGGUACAACAUGGUGUCCAAGUCGCCCAAGCUAUUAACCAGGUUUGGUCUCGCGAACAUCUGAUCGCUGCAUAUAUCAUCAUCUGGAUCAUCAACUUCAUCCAAGGCUUCGGCAGUGGCAUUACAGGCACAUUGACACCCUACGUUACCAGUUCUUUCGAAGCACACUCCCUCACUGCCACGACAAGCAUCAUCUCAAGUCUGAUCAGUGGUCUCUGGAAGCUCCCUUACGCUAAGAUCCUCGAUGUCUGGGGCCGUCCCCAAGGUUUCGCCCUCAUGGUCGCUUCCACUGUCCUCGGGUUUGUCAUGAUGGCUGGAUGCAACAACGUCACAACCUACUGUGCUGCUCAAGUCUUCUACCAACUCGGCUACAGCGCCAUCGAUUUCACCAUCACCAUCUUCGUUGCCGACACCAGUAGUCUGCGCAACAGAGCCUGGUGGAUCGCAUACACUGCAUCUCCCUGGCUCAUCGUAACAUGGUGCUACGGCCCGGCCACAAACUCCGUCCUCAACACCAUCGGCUUCAGAUGGGGCUUCGGUAUCUGGGCCAUCGUGUACCCCAUCGUUUGCUUCCCUCUCUUCUGGCUGAUGUGGCACAAUAUGAAGAAGGCCGAAAAGCAAGGCUUGAUCCCCAAGUACGAAUCCGGACGCAACUGGAAGGAAUCAAUCUACUACUAUGCCGUCCAAUUCGAUGUUGUCGGUAUCUUGCUUAUCGCUACUGGACUUUCGCUGUUCUUGCUGAGCUUCAGCUUGUACUCUUACCAAGCUGAGCAGUGGAAGUCGCCCAUGAUUAUUUGCUUCUUGGUCUUUGGCAUCAUCCUCAUGUUCACCUUUUCCUUCUGGGAGGCCAAAGUCGCACCAGUGACUUUUAUCCCUUGGCACUUGAUGCGCGACCGCACCGUCAUUUUCACCUUUGCCAUGGUGGCUGCGAUUUACUCUGGCUACAGCGUUUGGUACGAUUACUUUUACUCAAUGCUGAUUGUCGUCUUCAAUACCUCUGUCCGCGACGCGACUUAUAUCCUCAACAUCUACACUAUUGGUGCUACCUUUUGGUGUCUGGUCGUUGGCGUGGUGAUUCGCUAUAAUGGCCGUCUCAAGUGGAUUGCACUGUACUUUGGCGUGCCCGUCAACAUUCUAGGCGUAGGACUACUCAUCUACUUCAGGCAUCCCUAUACCAACAUCGGGUUCAUCGUCAUGUGUCAGAUUUUUAUUGCUUUCGGCGGUGGCACCCUGGUCAUCUGCGAGCAAAUGACCGUCAUGGCCGUCUCCACUCAACAGAACAUCCCCGCUAUCCUCGCCUUCGAAUUCAUGAUUGCCAACAUCGGCUCCUCGAUCGGUUCUGCAAUCGCCGCAGCAAUGUGGACAGGCCUGUUCCCCGGCAACCUCGCCAAAUACCUUCCUGCCUCCGCUUUAUCUGACCUCCAAACCAUCUAUGGAGAUUUGACUGUGCAGAGUUCAUAUGCGAUUGGCUCGCCGGAACGCGAUGGUAUUAACAAGGCGUAUGGGGAGACGCAGAAGUUGAUGUGUGUGGCUGCUACUUGUUUGUAUGCUACUAUCAUUGUGUGGGUUAGUUUGUGGAGAGAGAUUAACGUCAAGGGGAUGAAGCAGACUAAGGGGUUGACUAUGUAG